AUGCUCUGGCACCUCGUCUCGGUCCUGGUCCUCCUCCUCGCCCGGGGCGCGCUCGCCAUCGAUGUCAAGGUCGUGGCCGCGUUCCGCAACGGCAACACGCCCGUGGACCCGUCCAAGAUCACGCUACUGCGCAAGGAGCUGACCCCGAGCCAGCUGGAGCGCCUGAACGGCACCGAGGCCGGUGGCGGUGGCGGCGGCGGCGGCGGGAAGAGCAGCAGCAGCCGCAGGUCCAACCCCAUCGGCUACAGCGGCAACUGGUGCGGCGCCUCGCAGCACACGCCCACCACGAACCGCUUCAAGUCCGUGUCGGGGGUCUUCAACGUGCCCAACCUGAGCCUCCGCCCCUCGACGGGCACGCCGCAGUUUGUGGCCUCGUGGGUCGGCAUGGACGGCGCUAACUGCGCUACCGCUCUGGUCCAGGCCGGCGCUACGACAGAGAUCAGCUCUUCUAGCGUGCAGACGUCGAACCUCUGGUUUGAGUGGAUCCCUGAUGCGGCCUACAACAUCCAGAGCCUUCCGG